UUGGAGGAUUUGUGGCUUCUCCUUACCAAAGGCAAAAUGAGCUGGAGCUUCCUCACACGCCUGCUGGAUGAGAUUUCCAAUCACUCCACCUUUGUGGGCAAAAUCUGGCUCACCUUCCUCAUAGUCUUUCGGAUCGUGCUAACUGCGGUUGGGGGUGAAUCGAUCUACUAUGAUGAACAGAGUAAAUUUGUAUGCAACACACAACAACCUGGUUGCGAGAAUGUGUGCUACGAUGCAUUUGCGCCGCUGUCGCACAUUCGAUUCUGGGUAUUUCAGGUGAUCAUGAUUACCACACCCACCAUUAUGUACCUUGGGUUUGCUAUGCACAAGAUUGCCCGCAUGGACGAUGAUGAUUAUAGGCCCCGAAGCAGGAAGAAGAUGCCCAUUGUGAGUCGUGGCGCCAACAGGGACUAUGAAGAAGCAGAGGAUAAUGGAGAGGAAGAUCCCAUGAUCUUGGAGGAGAUUGAGCCAGAGAAGGACAAGGAAGUUGCAGAGAAGCCCUCCAAAAAGCACGAUGGUCGCCGUCGUAUCAAGAGAGAUGGCCUGAUGAAGGUCUAUAUUUUUCAGCUGCUAUCGCGUGCCAUUUUUGAAGUUUCAUUCUUAUUUGGGCAGUAUGUUCUCUACGGGCUGGAGGUGGCGCCAUCGUACGUAUGCACACGCUCUCCGUGCCCACACACGGUGGAUUGUUUCGUCUCGCGUCCCACCGAGAAAACGAUUUUCCUGCUCAUUAUGUACGGCGUCAGUGCUUUGUGUCUGCUCUUUACCGUAUUGGAGAUUCUCCACCUUGGCUUCAGCGGUAUACGCGACUGCCUUUGUACGCCACGGCCUCGGUCUCCAGCCCCCCGUCACCCCGCGAUGACCAGUCAGAGGUCUUCCAUCUGCCGGCAGCCCUCGGCCCCUCCCGGUUACCACACAGCUCUGAAGAAGGACCCAUCAGGAAAAAUGGGCUUCAGGGAUAACCUGGGAGACUCGGGGCGAGAGUCCUUUGGGGAUGAGGCGUCGUCUCGGGAGCUGGAGAGGCUCCGCAGACACUUAAAACUGGCCCAGCAGCAUCUGGAUUUGGCCUAUCAGAAUGAAGAGAGCAGCCCGUCGCGCAGCAGCAGCCCGGAGUCGAACGGAACCGCAGUGGAGCAGAACAGACUAAACUUUGCCCAGGAAAAGCAGAGCAGUACCUGUGAUAAAGGUCUCCGUGCAUAG